GAUACAGGCAAUUUUCGAAUUUCGAUGUUAUCGACCCCACUAGAAACACCACACUACCUAAGCCAAAAACGUCCAUCAGGGACGAGAUUUCGGCGCGAAUCAAACAACCCGCGCUCCCCAUGAGGUGACAACCCUGUAUCGCUAGCAACCCAAAUCAACCAUGUCUGGCCGCGGAGGACGGGGCGGGCGGGGAGGCCGCGGGCGGGGGCGCGGCGGCGCGACAACAAACGGGAGGCGAAGCGUAGCCCAGAACAGCGUUCCCUGGACAAUGGACUCGGACAUUGUCCUCGACGGCAAGCCCUCUGAGCUCUUCCCACCCUACAACGUCCCUCAACCCCCGACCCUCUCCAAAAAAGAAGAAAAGCAAGUCUCCUACUUCCUCCUCUUCCGCGAACAAUGCCACGACAGCCCGCUCUACACGCAAGCCCGCACCUGGACGCAAACCGCCACUUCCACUUCCAACUCGGGCCGCACGUACGGCCAGGACCAGCUCAACAAGCGCUACGGCCAGACCACCAAGGCCACCAUCGACCCGUUCACCGCGGUGCCUACCUACUCGCACCGGUUCCAGAUCGUGCCUCGCACCCUGCCGGACUUAGCCUCACGGCCGUUUGCGAAAGAGUUCUUCCCGCCCGAACUCCACCCGACGCUGGACGGCGAGGACGAGCCGAGUACCGGGCAGGCUAAUAAAAGGCGGAAGAUGGGGCCCAAAACACUGGGGCUGUCCAAUAUCACCUCGUACAAGACGGCCGAGGAACUGUUCCUGCCUGAUGGGCUGCAACGGUCGGAUGUCGCCGACGGUGGUGGUGGGGCCGCGAAUCUGGAUAAGGCGCUGCAGCUGCUUAGUUCGGUGGAGAAGGGCGGCGAGGGUGACGAUGAUGCGCUGCUGUCUGGGGAGGACGAGGAUGAUUGGGAUGUGGAGAAUGAGGAUGGGAAUGUGGAGGAGGAUGAUUUGUAUGAGGACGAGUCCGGGGAUGAUUACAAUGCGGAGGCGUACUUUGAUGGGAACCAGGAUGAUGAUGAUUAUGAUGAAGGGGGGGAUGAUGGGGGGGAUUACUUCUAGGUUGAUGUUAAUAUGGGUUGCAUUUCCGGCGCAAAGGCGGGUUACGGUUAGAUGUGACGGUUAAGGACAGCGCAAGUCUGAGAUACCACUACCACGGAUUUGACCGGGCAUAGCGUUAUGCGAAUGAAUAUUACAUGCUACCCAUGGUGUUGCCGGGUACUCCUAGGUUCACGGCUCGCAAUGCUGGGUACUGUAAAGUUAACCGC